UGUGCCUGCCACUGUAUAAAUACUGGUGAAUCUUUCUUUGUUCAUCAUCUACUUUUCACUGUAAACAUUUUGUAUUCUGUUUAGUUUUAUGUGUCUAUAUGAAGAAGAUAUCUUCUUGCUUUCUUCCCAUUUAUAUUAUAUUGCUUGUUUCUGAGUUGUUUAUUCUAUGUGUUGCCAAAAAUACAUCAAUUGGUUGUGUUGCAGCAGAGAGGAAAGCUCUUCUCAAGUUCAAAUCAAGCCUUGAUGAUCCUUCGAAUAUUACACUCCCUUCAUGGAGAGGCAUUGAUUGCUGCACAUGGGAAGGUAUUACUUGUGAUGAGACUACAGGGUAUGUUAUCGAACUUCGUCUCAGUAAUAUGUUGAGUGCUGAAAGUGUUGAUCCUUCUCUUCUUGGAUUAAAGUAUCUGAAUUAUUUGGACUUGAGUGGAAACGACUUCGGAUCCAGAAUUCCUGAGUUUUUAGGAUCACUGAAGCAACUGCAUUAUCUUAAUCUCUCGGAAUCGGGCUUUGAAGGCACUGUCCCACGGCAUCUUGGCAAUCUCUCAAACCUGCACACCCUCGAUCUCAGCGGUAAUGAUGGCUUGAGCUCCAUUGAUAACUCAUGGCUUUGCAAUCUGUCAUCAUUGGAGCGACUUGAUUUGAGUCAAGUCGACCUUGGUACAAAUAGAAAUUUUGUCAAGGUACUCGACAUGCUUCCUUCGUUAUCAAUAUUGCGUUUGUCAGGCUGUUCGAUGAACAACAUUUCUUUGCCGAAUUCCUGCAUGAAUUCGACAUUCCUUUCACAUGUCCAGUAUUUGGAUCUUAGUAGGAACUACAUUUAUGGAGAAACUCCUUGCUUUCUCCAAAAUAUGUCUUCGCUAAGGUUUCUUGAUCUUUCAUGGAAUCAUUAUCAUUCUUCGCCCAUACAUUUUGUUAGAUUAAGGAACCUUGUUGAUCUUAACCUUGCAAGAAACAAUCUUGGCCAUGCAUCGGUUUGGAUUUCCAAAUUCAUGUCUGGUAAAUGCCACUUGGAAUCACUGAAUCUCGAAAAUAAUUACUUUUACGGGGAGAUCUCAGGAGCUUUCAGUAACAUUUCAGGAUGUUCUAGUCAAAACUUACGGAAUCUAAAUUUGGCAAUCAACAAACUCAGUGGUCAAAUUCCAGAAUCUCUUGGGAAUUUGUCACGCUUAAGAGAUUUGAAUAUGGUGCUAAACAAGUUAGUUGGCCCCAUUCCAUCAUCCUUCGAAAAUUUGAAGUCAUUGAGAGUGUUGAUUCUUUCUGGUAAUCAAUUAAGUGGUGAAAUUCCAAUUUCUUUGGGGCAACUAUCAAAUCUCGAGACCUUGGUCAUUUCAAACAAUUCAUUCAAUGGAACAAUUUCUGAGGUUCACUUUGACAAGCUCUCGAAAUUAAAAGAGCUUUAUGUAUCCUCAAACUUGAUCGAUUUUAAGUUUGGACAAGACUGGGUGCCCUCUUUUCAAUUAAAGUAUCUCGACAUGGGAUCUUCCAACAUUGGAGGUCAGAUUCCACCAUGGAUUCAAUCCCAGAAAGCUCUGACUCAGCUAGAUUUAUCCAAUUGCAGCAUCUCAGGAACUCUCCCACAGUGGCUUGGCAACAUGAAUUUGACGUCGUUGGACCUAUCUAAGAACCAUAUAUAUGGAACAAUUCCAAUGCUUUCUUCUAGUUUGAGGUCCUUGGAUCUUUCAGAUAACAUAAUUAUUCAUCUUCCAAGCAACAUUGAUCAUAGACUACCUUCUUUAAACAUUUUAUUAUUGGGCCGUAACUCCAUCAAUGGUUCAUUGCCUGAAUCAUUGUGCAAUAUGAGGUAUUUGAUUGUUUUAGAGCUCUCCAGAAAUGGUUUCUCGGGCAAUGUGGCAGAUUGUUGGCAAAACAGUUCUUUAGGGAUUUUGGAUUUGUCAUCCAAUGAGCUUUCAGGCAUAAUCCCGAAAUCUAUUGGAGUUGGUGGCUCCUUGUCAUGGCUGCGCUUGAGCAACAACAGCUUUACAGGACAGAUUCCCUCCACUUUGCAGAAUUGUACUGGUUUACAAGGGCUAGAUGUUGGAGAAAAUAUGUUAUCGGGUAAAAUACCUGAAUGGAUUGGAAACAACUUGCUUGAUCUGACAAUUCUUAGACUAAGGAAUAAUCAAUUUCAAGGGGUGAUACCUCAUGCGCUUUGUCAUGCUUCUCGGCUUCAAAUUCUAGACAUUGGAAACAACAACUUGACUGGGUACAUCCCGCAUUGUGUUGGAAAUUUCUCAGGCAUGAUACAUGUACAGAUUCUAGAUUAUCCUUUUAGAGAUGUCAUACAUCAAGUGUUGAAAGGAUUAGAGAUGGAGUACUACAUUAAUGGUCUGUCAGCUGUUGUUAAUUUUGAUCUUUCUUGCAACAAUCUUGUUGGGCAAAUUCCUUCAGAGCUGAUGGGCCUUCGCAGCUUACGUGGUCUCAAUUUGUCACAUAAUUCCUUGGGUAGAGAAAUUCCAUCAAAUAUUGGAGACUUCACAUUUCUAGAAUCUCUUGAUCUUUCCAACAACAAUUUGGUCGGAAGAAUUCCCAGCAAUCUAUCGAAUCUAUAUUUUUUGAGUCGCCUGAACUUGUCCAAUAAUAAUCUGUCUGGACCAAUUCCCACCGGAAAUCAACUGCAAACUCUCAAUGACCCCUCAAUUUAUGAUGGAAAUCCCCAACUCUGUGGAGCUCCCCUGCUGAAGGCAUGUCCUGGCGCUGAAACACCAAAGGACUCCAAAAGUGAAAAUGAUGCUGCAGAUGAUGGAGAUUCAGUGGAUAAAAUAUGGUUUAGUGCAUUUGUUGUAGGUGGAUUUGGCACUGGAUUUUGGGGGUUCGUUGGAUUGUUGGUCUUCAAAAGGAGUUUCAGACAGGCUUAUUUUCGUUUUACAGAAGAGAUGGGCAGCAAGAUACUUCUUGCUGCAGCCUUUUUUGUUCGGAGAUUCUAAGCUCGAAGAACCUGAGACAAACAAGAAAAAAAAAAGUAUACACACAUCAACUUGCCCCGACUACUUGUCUUAAUAUCUGCACAGAAUCAGAAUUGAGAAGUCUUUCAGCUUCAUCAUUUGGCUCGGCUUGCAAUCUCACUCUGCAGUGACACAAGAACGAGAGUCAAUCAUAUGUAAGCCGAAUGAGUUAGUGAUAGAAUUAAGGAGAAGGUAGAUGUAAUAUGCCUCUUCGAGAUUCUCAAUUUCCAUUAUUUGCUCGAUUUGUUCUGCAACAUUUUCCUGCAAGAAUUAUUAAGCACAUCAGAACCAUACUACAUGACACAAUGAGAUGGAGUGUACGGCAUUGCUUGCUGCUUCAGCUGCGGCAACAUCCAAGUCCAGUUCAACUUCAAUCUCAAUUAUCGAGGAUAUCUGGGAAUCGUUCUGGAGUAAGUAAAUAAAUCAUAAUGUAUUCAAGCAUAGCUUUAAAUCGAAGAAACUGAUAUGUUUUUAUAUUUUCAAUUAGCGUUUGUCGAUUAUGUACUCUGGCAUAGCUUUCGAUAACUUCAAUUUGAUUCUUGAGUGGAUUAUCCAGUC